AUGGGACAGACGGUUUUGACAAGAGAAGCUAAACGAGAAUACGGCGCAUUGGUAAAACGUUCAAAACCUCGGGAGGAUAUUCCUUUCGCAGAUGGGUUUCCAGCAAGACUGAUCAGAGAGGGUCUGCCGGGACGUUUAAAGAGGGAGAAUGAUAAAAUAUGGCUACCUAUGCAACAACCCAUACAACGGCACCCGAAGAAGAAAGCUCCCCAGAAAGCUCUGCCAGGGAAACAAUUGGAUCAGCGGGACGUCAAAGUCCUUAGUCUAUCAAACUCUACUCCAACUCAAUUUCCAGAAAUCUUUCCGCCAGAGGAUGUUGGGACUGUGAUACACCAAGAACCGCGAAGCUUGUUGACUGUAAAUGACGUCCAAAAAAAUGUCGCCCUAGUGAGCGGGGCUCAGGAAACCAGUGGAAACUCUUCAGAGCUUGCAAGUCCAGAUCAAGAAUCAUCCAAGCGAGAAAAGGAGAUGUCUAGUCAAAAAGCCGUUCGUGAGACCGAAUAUACAGGCCCUGCGAAUGCUGGUGUAUAUCUUACAAGUGUUCAACCUGUCAGGGAUGCUGAAUUUUCCACUAGGGUUGGAUCCCAGGUUGAGGAAGAGAACAUGGUACCAGCAGUACAGAUUGAACAAGGGCAGUUGGGAGAGGCUAUAAGGGAAGAGAUACAGGAAGAGAAUAUAACCCCAACAGUACAUAUUGAAGAGCAGUUGGGAGAGGCUGUAAGGGAAGAGACAAUCACUCAAUCGAGUGUCGAAGUUGCCACUCAGCCGUGCAACUCCACAACCGUUUGUGUCCUGGGCUUAGAUAGGAUUGGAAAAUACAUUGCUCACUCCUUAGCUGCACAGCCAUUCCCUCCGUCUGUCAAUUUGCUAAUCCAUCGCCCUUAUCUGAUGAAGAAAUGGUUUGAGGAAGGCGCUGCUAUUGGAGUAUGGAGAGAUGGAAAAUUGGACGUCCAAUCGGGCUUCAACGUGGAGCUAACCGAGAGCUAUGUGUUCAAAGAUUACGAAAAGCUUGUUGGAGGUCGCCCAGUUCCUCGUCGAGUUGACCCACCCAGUACUAUAAUUGACAACUUGAUGGUCACUACCGACGCGCAUGCCACAAUUCCAGCGCUUCGUUCAAUCUCGCAUCGCCUUAACGCCUCUUCCACGAUUUGCUUUAUGAGGGAUGGUAUUGGCUUGAUCGACGAGGUCAAUUCCAGAGUCUUCCCAGAUCCAGCAACAAGACCGAAGUACACCAUGGCAAAACUUUCCCAUCAUAUUUAUCAAACUGAAAAGAGCUUCACCAUUGUGGAGAAAGGAUCCGGGGAACUCAUUUGCACGAAUACUCCUCGUGAGUCUAAGCCCGAUUCAGAAGAUGGCAAUGAGAAAGAAACGACAACCCAGGGAAAGAAGAAGGCUUGGGGCACGAUUCAAUACAGCCGCAUGAUGAGAUUUCUUACGAAAGCCCCGAAUUUGAACGCACGGUCCCUCAAUCGACAAAUGUUUUUUGAAGAAGUUAUGGAUAGAACUAUAUUUAACUCUGUCAUUGGGCCUUUGACUGUCAUGUUUGAUUGUUCCAACGACCAGCUUCUGUUCAACCAUAAUAUUCGCGAAAUCAAGCACCAAUUACUGGCAGAGAUAUCUACAAUCAUUGGUCGAAUGCCCGAAUUCUCACGACAAGAGACGCAAAGGAGUUUCCAGUCAUCUGAAAUUCAGAAAAGACUCUAUCACGUUAUUCUCAAAACGGGAACGAACAAAUCCGACAUGCUCAAAGCUGUCAGGAGAGGCACCAAGGCAGGAGUCGAGUAUUAUAAUGGGUAUUUCAUCCGACGGGCGGAGGAACUGGGAGUUCCAUGUCCCCUCAAUCAGAUGCUACUUUCCCUCGUCCAGGCGAAGCAGCAUAUCAUUAGUCGGGAGCAGAACGCGUAUGUGCCAUUUGAUGAGCUGAACUCGAGACGGGCUCUGGGUGAAAAGCAGGGUUUUGUACAUAGACCGGACCUUGAGUCCGAGUCGUAA